GAGAGAGAGAGAGAGAGAGAGAGAGAGAGAGAGAGAGAGAGAGAGAGAGAGAGAGAGAGAGGAGGAGGAGGAAGAGGGACAGAGUGAAGUGACCCGCUGGUUCUUACGGACCGCCGUCGAUCCGCGCCGAGUCUCUCCCAGGAAUACACCGAUCACGGAAGUCUUCCCCGUCGGUUAGGCGCGCGCGUGUCGUGAACGAGAACAAGCAGACUUUGUAAAGGCGGAAAACAUGGACGGAUCGCCGGGGACCGACGGGAGCAGACGCACACCCGACGCGCUGCUCGCCGCCUUCACCGUCGCUCUGAAAGUCUUCAUCAUCCAGGCGUCUUCUCUUCACUUCUCCGAGGAGCCCCAGUCUCAGGACGCGUUACACGGACGCAGUGCUAUCCUGCGCUGUGAGCUCAGCGGCCCGCAGGACAUGCUCUUCUGGUGGACUCAGGACGGCCGUCGCGUGCAGGACUCGAACCGCCGCUUCCAGGAGGGCAGCAACCUGAAGUUCACGGCGGUGGACCGUCACGAAGACGUCGGUAGUUUCCAGUGUGUGGCGUCCAGCAGCUCCACCGGAGAGAGCCUGACCUCCGCCAACGCCUCCAUCAACAUCAAAUGGCUGGAGAGCGGGCCAAUUACAAUGAAUGAACCCGCCUCAGAGGCGGAGCUAGAGGAGGCUGAGCGAAUCGUGCUGCAGUGUCACAUUGAUGGACAUCCACGGCCGAGCAGUAAAUGGUUCAAAGAUGGAGGUCAGCUGGACAGAAAGGACCGGAUCUUGACGCUGACCAAUCUCAGCACCGGGGAUUCUGGGAUAUACUCCUGCUGUGCUCAGAAUGCUGCUGGGAAAGUGUGCAGUAACAACAACAUCACCCUCAAUAUUUUUGAUAAGUCUGUUCCUCGUGUGCUGGUGGCUCCGGUGGAUCAGGUGGUUCUGCGUAACGAGGAGGCCGUGUUUCACUGUCAGUUCAGAGCCAAGCCGCCGCCGCGGAUCGACUGGUUCCACGACGCAGAACCCAUCAACAAAUCACAGGUUGUGGUGUAUGCUAACGGCACGCUGCACAUCAGUCAGGUGCAGCAGCGGAGCACAGGUGUGUAUAAAUGUGUGGCUCAGUACGGAGAAAACAAACAAGUACAUGUGGAGGCAGUGCUCAGGAUCGCAGAGAUCGGGGACAUGGGCGGGCGUCUGCUGCGUGUGUUCUCUGCGGGCCGGAGCAGGCGUGUGCGCUGUGACCCUCCUCGGGGUCAGCCGGAGCCUCAGGUGUGGUGGGAGCGCGCUGGAGCUCGGGUGGGCUCUGAGGGUCGAGUCUAUCAGAGAGACGGAGAUCUGAUCUUCAGCCCCGCAAACAGAUCAGACUCGGGACUCUACACGUGUGUCGCUCGCAACACAGCCGGUCAGAAGCAGCAGGAGCUCCUCGUCACCGUAGCCACCUCUCCGGAGUGGAUCGUCCGUCCUCAGGACACACACGUGGAGGAGGGUCAGCCGGGGUUUCUUCACUGUCAGGCUCUGUCCACUCCUGAGCCGCGGGUCACAUGGUACCGCAAGAGCGCGGCGAUCAGUGAGGAGGGCUCUCGUUAUAAGCUCUUCUCUAACGGGACUCUGAGGAUCAACAGCGCUGAGGUGAACGACGCUCAGACGUACAGCUGUGUGUGUGUGACGGAGGCCGGGUCACUCACCGGACACGCACGGGUUCACAUUCUGGACGGCGCUGAUCUCCCGUCUCACGUCAGUCAGAUGGACGGAGUUCUGCUCUUCAGGACAGUGACCCGUGCCGAUGGAGGAAACUACACCUGUGUGGCGUCCAGCAGCUCCUCAGGAGAGAGUGACCUCUCUCCUCUCUCGCUCCACUGGAUGCUCUCUCUCUCAGACUUCUCUCUCAGCAGCAGCUCCAGCAGGUUUCAGAAGAUGCCCAACGGCUCUCUGGUCAUUAGUGAGGUGAGCACCGAGGACACAGGUAUCUACACCUGCGUCGCUGGAAACAUCUGCAGCAUCAGAGACACGGCAGCACAGCUCUACGUCGUCGAGAAGCCUGUGCACCCACGCACUGAAGAUGAGGAUAAGAGUCAGUUUAAGAUGUUCCAGACGAUCGCGCUGUCGGUGGCCGUGGCCGUGGCGUACAUCAUCGCUGUGCUGGGACUGAUGUUCUACUGCAAACAGAGACGCAAGAACAAACGUCUUCAGAAGAACAGCGCUGGAGAAGAGCCUGAGAUGGAGUGUCUGAACGGCGGCGCUGUCCAGCUGAACGGCCACAGGAUGUCUGAGAUCCGUGAAGAAGUGGCUUUAACCACUAUUGGACCUUCAGCCAACUCCGAGAAACAGCAGAGCUGCGGUGAUAAGCUACACUUUCCCAGAGCGCACCUGCAGACCAUCACUACACUGGGUCGUGGGGUGUUUGGCGAGGUGUUUCUGGCUAAAGCGAGGUCGAUAGAGCAGGCAGAGACCGAGACGCUGGUGCUGGUCAAGAGUUUAGAGAGCAGCGAGGAAACGCACCGAAGCGAGUUCAGACGAGAGCUGGAGAUGUUCAGCAGACUCCAUCACCCUCACGUCGUACGACUGCUGGGGAUCUGCAGAGAAAGCCAGCCACAUUACAUGAUCCUGGAAUACGUGGAUCUGGGCGAUCUCAAACAGUUUCUCAGGAUAUCAAAAAGCAGCGACGAGAAACUCAAGCCGCAUCCCAUCAGCACUAAAACUAAAGUCUCUAUCUGUGCUCAGGUGGCUCACGGGAUGCAGCACUUAUCAAACAAGGGUUUUGUGCAUAAAGACCUGGCGGCCAGGAACUGCCUGAUCAGCGGCCAGAGACACGUCAAGGUGUCUGCUCUCGGUCUCAGCAAAGACGUGUAUAACAGCGAGUACUACGAGCACAGGCAGGUCUGGAUCCCGCUGCGCUGGCUGGCGUCUGAGGGUGUGUUUGAGGGAGAGUUCUCCGGCAGGACGGACGUCUGGGCGUUCGGGGUGCUGAUGUGGGAGGUGUUCAGUCUGGGAGAGCUGCCCUACCUGGCUCUCAGUGACCAGCAGGUGCUGGAAGGUCUCCAGGCUGGUACUCUGCGCUUGUCUCCUCCAGCGAAGUGUCCUGCUCACGUCUGCAGUCUGAUGAGCCGCUGCUGGGCGUCCAGCCCUAAAGAACGGCCCACGUUCAGCGAGAUCCUUCAGAUUCUGACCGAUUCUCCCACAGACACCAAAGUCUAGAGGAUCACGGCUGCAAUCAGAGACUCUGUCACACACAUUUCAGACGUGAGAGUCUGCUUCGAGACCCGCUCAGGAUCAAACUGUCCCAUUACUGAUCUGUUUACACUUCUGUAGAAGCUCCUUCCUCUCGCCGGAGCCUCAGGGACCCCGAGGAUGACCUUUGACCUCUGCAGCGCAGGACAAUCGCAGAUCCAUCAGGUUACAGACGCAGGAGGAGGUACUGCACACACAUGAUGCUGGAAUCACGUCACGCCUGCGGCUCUCGUCACGCACUGGAACCAGUGCAUGCAGUCGAGUGUGUGUGUGUGUGUGUGUGUGUGUGUGUGCGCGUGUGUGUGUGUGUGUGUGCGCGCGCGCGUGCGUGUGUGUGUGUGUGUGUGUGUUUUACAGGUUGAUGUUAUGUCACGAAACAUUAGUGGAGUUCAGUCAGAGAUUAUUGAUGCAGUCAGAGAUUGACAUACAACUAUAUAAUACAAUAUUAACAAAUAUUCACUAAUUAACCUGUGUGUGUGUGAGAAGAGAGAUAGUUCUUAGUGAUGAUAUGAUCUUGAUGUUUCUCAGAGGUGCUCACAGGUCAGCUGACUGUGUUACUGUAAUAAAUAAAUAUGCAACGCCUCAGAUUCUAAGCCAUGAUUAAUUCCCCGCUCACUAUCCGUCUCCUCGAAUCCUUCUGGAGACAAACACACCUGAUAAACUGAAACGAUGUAUGGAUUACGCUUCAAACUUAAGAUGUCAUGUUAGAUCAGUGGUUCUCAACCGGGUCCAGUAGGAGGCCUCAAACACAUUAUUUAAAAUAAGAUGAAAUAAGCAAGAAUUUUUUUAUAUUACAAUUGUUUUAUAUAUAUGAGGUAUCCUGAUUUUAAAAGUGAUUUCUAGAGCUGGAAAAUGCCAUGAAAAUGAAUCAAAUGUUAAAAUACCACGGGCAUUUUAAUAACAAAUACACAUUUAAAAAAAAACUAAGACAUAAUCCUGAUCCAGUGAAUCGCAAAUGACUGAAAAAGUCACAUAAAUUCAUUGGUUUGAAACAUUUAGGUCCUAAAAGCUCUGGGAUGGAGAGAACCAGGAGUGAAGGAAAACAGCAGAUAUUAUAGAGACUGGACUGGAGAAGCGCUGCUGUGAGGUUAUGAUGAAGGCUUUGUGUCUCUUUGGUUUUAAUGUGGCCAGUGUUGUAGAAACACACCCCGGACUGUCUUCAUCAGGUGAUCAGAUAAAAGAACAGGUCAAUUUUGACUUUUACAAAUAAAAGUGCCUAGAACAUGAAGGACUUAUUUGCUGUUUUUUUUUUUGCAGUAUCUUUUGUAAUGCGGUUAAUGCUUGUUUUUAUAUACUCUUUUCAUAUGCAUUAUUAUUAUUGUUGUUGUUGUUGUUAUUUGUUUUAAUCUCUGUGAUCAUCAUCACUGUCUGUUCAUGGUUAUUUUUAAGGCAGGCUCUCUUUUAUAUUCUGCUUUAUAAAGGUCACAGUAAUCCAGAUGUAAUGCUGCUCUCAUUAAACAGUCAUGUUUUAACAGCG